UUAACUAAACUAUAUUUAAUAUUGGUGACAGUCAAAAGGUUGUCGUAGAAAUAAAUUAAUUUAAAAUGAUUUCUGAUGAAACAAUGAAGACUUUGUGCUCCAAGUUGGUUCCAUUAAAUUAUUUAAAUAUUGCAUCAGAUGCCAGAAAGCAGAGAGAAAAGAUAAUUCAGCAACUUUUUGAGAAAAGAAAAAUUCCAGAAUCAGGAUUUGAUGAUAUCGUGAUAGAAACUUUAGUAACUGAAAUAUCUCAACUUGAUUCCAACAAUUUUCCUUCAAAGUGUGGAGUUGGAGAGCGGGAAGCUAGAAUUGCUUGUGAUCUUGUCAGACGUCGACAUUAUGGACUUGGACAUGGAGUUGGAAGAUCUGGUGACAUUUGUGAAAAUCAACCCAAAGCUGCUGGUUCAAGUAUUCUAAACCAACUCACUAACAUUUUGACUCUUGAUCUCAUCAAAAUGAUGGGAAUUAGAAGUAUUGAGAAGAGUAUUUUACUUCCAAUGGCCACAGGAAUGUCGCUCAUGCUUUGCUUUCUAACAUUGAAGUCACAAAGAUCAUCCGAAGCUAAGUACGUUCUAUGGUCGAGAAUCGAUCAAAAGUCUUGUUUCAAAUGCAUCACGACUGCAAAUCUCAUCCCUGUCAUAAUCAAUCCAAUAAGAAAUGAAGAUGAAUUGCAAACAAAUCUCACUGAAUUUGAAAAUCAAAUUAAAAUUCUCGGCGAAGAUAAAAUUGUUUGCAUUGUUUCAACAACUUCUUGCUUUGCUCCACGUGGCUGUGAUGACAUCGAGGGCUUAGCGGUUCUCGCAAAGAAACAUAACAUUCCUCAUGUGAUCAAUAACGCUUAUGGGUUACAAACAACAUUCUUAACACAUCAAAUUGAGCAAGGAAUAAAAGAGGGCAAUGUUGAUAUCUUUGUUCAGUCGACUGAUAAGAAUUUAUUAGUUCCAGUAGGGGGUGCAAUCAUUGCUGGUCCACACAAAAAACUAAUCGAUGACAUUGCCAAACACUAUGCUGGUCGAGGGUCGUCAUCACAAACUCUUGACGUAUUUAUGACGAUUCUCAGUUUAGGUCGUGAUGGAUAUAUGAAACUUGUUCGGGAUCGAAAGGAAAACUUUAAUUAUUUAAAAGAAAGGUUUGAAAUUUUAGCAGAGAAGCACAAGGAAAAUAUUUUAAAUACUAAACGUAAUCCAAUAUCAAUUGCAAUGACAUUGAAGAAUUUUGAUGAAAAUAAUGUUUCAAUGAUUGGUUCAAUGCUUUUUACUCGAGGUGUUAGUGGUUGUCGUGUGAUUACAACAAAAGAUGACAAAGCAAUUGAUGGUUACUUGUUUCAAGGUUGGGGAAGUCAUGUCACAGAUUUAAUUAACAACACACCAUACAUAACAGCCGCAGCAAGUAUCGGCAUUACAAAGAUCGACAUUGAUGCAUUCAUCGAUAAACUCGAUAAAGUUCUUCUUAAAGUUAGAAACAAUAAAGAGAGUUGAUGAUCUUUAUUUGAACGCUUUUUUUAUUUUCUAAAAUGAAGUUUUUUUUAUGAUCACUGGCGCUGACGAUCCCACAUCCGCUCCCGAACUCCACUUUUAGUCUGUCGCGAUUGCGUGAAAACAAUAGAAAAAAACCAAAAUAAAGAAGAAUAUGCGACAAUCAUGAAGUUUAAUUUUUUUCUGGGUUGA